AGCGCGGCGGGCGGCAGGGAGGGAGCGGGAGGGAGGCAAGAAAGUAGCAGAAAGUGAGGCUGGCAGGCGGCGGCAAAGGAGCCGGCGCGCGGCGGCGGCAGGAAGUCUGUGCCCGAGAACAGCAGAAAUAAGAGCCAGGGAGGGACCGCGGCCGCGGCGGCGGCGGCGAGAGCGAAAGAGGAAACUGCAGAGGAGGAAGCUGCGCCGCAGCCCGAGCCGCCCGGCAUCCCCGCCGCCUCUGCGCCCGCGCCGCGCCCCCGGCGCCCCCUCCCCAGCGCGCCCCCGGCCGCUCCUCCGCGCCGCGCUCGUCGGCCAUGGCCCGGGAGAACGGCGAGAGCAGCUCCUCCUGGAAAAAGCAAGCUGAAGACAUCAAGAAGAUCUUCGAGUUCAAGGAGACCCUCGGAACCGGGGCCUUUUCCGAAGUGGUUUUAGCUGAAGAGAAGGCAACUGGCAAGCUCUUUGCUGUGAAGUGUAUCCCUAAGAAGGCGCUGAAGGGCAAGGAAAGCAGCAUAGAGAAUGAGAUAGCCGUCCUGAGAAAGAUUAAGCAUGAAAAUAUUGUUGCCCUGGAAGACAUUUAUGAAAGCCCAAAUCACCUGUACUUGGUCAUGCAGCUGGUGUCCGGUGGAGAGCUGUUUGACCGGAUAGUGGAGAAGGGGUUUUAUACAGAGAAGGAUGCCAGCACCCUGAUCCGCCAAGUCUUGGACGCCGUGUACUAUCUCCACAGAAUGGGCAUCGUCCACAGAGACCUCAAGCCCGAAAAUCUCUUGUACUACAGUCAAGAUGAGGAGUCCAAAAUAAUGAUCAGUGACUUUGGAUUGUCAAAAAUGGAGGGCAAAGGAGACGUGAUGUCCACUGCCUGUGGAACUCCAGGCUAUGUCGCUCCUGAAGUCCUCGCCCAGAAACCUUACAGCAAAGCCGUUGACUGCUGGUCCAUCGGAGUGAUUGCCUAUAUCUUGCUCUGCGGCUACCCUCCUUUUUAUGAUGAAAAUGACUCCAAGCUCUUUGAGCAGAUCCUCAAGGCGGAAUAUGAGUUUGACUCUCCCUACUGGGAUGACAUCUCCGACUCUGCAAAAGACUUCAUUCGGAACCUGAUGGAGAAGGACCCGAAUAAAAGAUACACGUGUGAGCAGGCAGCUCGGCACCCAUGGAUCGCUGGUGACACAGCCCUCAACAAAAACAUCCACGAGUCCGUCAGCGCCCAGAUCCGGAAGAACUUCGCCAAGAGCAAAUGGAGACAAGCAUUUAAUGCCACGGCCGUCGUGAGACAUAUGAGAAAACUACACCUCGGCAGCAGCCUGGACAGUUCAAAUGCAAGUGUUUCGAGCAGCCUCAGUUUGGCCAGCCAAAAAGACUGUGCGUCUGGCACCUUCCACGCUCUGUAGUUUCAUUUCUUCUUCGUCGGGGGUCUCAGGAGUUGGAGCCGAGCGGAGACCCAGGCCCACCACUGUGACGGCAGUGCACUCUGGAAGCAAGUGACUGGCCCUGGAGGUGGGGCCCGGGGUCGGGGCUGGGAAAGGGGAGCCCCAGGGUCGCCAGUGCCGCGAGCCACUCCAGCGAGACCCCACCUUGCAUGGUGCCCCUUCCUGCAUAGGACUGGAAGACCGAAGUUUUUUUAUGGCCAUAUUUUCUACUGCAAUUCUGAAGUGUUCAUUUCUCACAAACUGUACUGACUCGAGGGGCGCUGAUUUCAUAGGAUCUGGUGCUGUAUAUACGAAUCUUGCAAAGCUCUAACUGAACGGACCUUCUUAUUCCUCUCCCCUAACGCCAUCGUUUCCACUCUUCUCAGUGUAGGUAACCGUCUAUGGUGUGUUUUUUCAUUAAUGACAAAAAAAAAAAGGUUUCAACUGGAUUAUUUAAAUAUUGGUAAAUAUUGUGCAUUAGGGUUUGUUUUUCCUUUUAAGAAGUAUGUCCUUUGUAUCUCUAAGUUACAUGACCUAUAUCUUUUCCUCUUUAAUAGUAGUUUUAUGUUAACCUUUAAGAGAUUUGUUUUUCUUCAAAGGAGAAUUUAAAGGUAUUUUUUAAAAUUCUAAUAAGAGGAUCAGCCAGGUGCAAUGACUCAUGCCUGUAAUCCCAGCACUUUGGGAGGCCAAGUCGGGCGGAUCACGAGGUCAGGAGAUCAAGGCCAUCCUGGCCAACAUGGUGAAACCCCACGUCUACUAAAAAUACAAAAAAUUAGCCGGGCGUGGUGGCACACACCUGUAGUCCCGGCUACUCGGGAGGCUGCGGCAGGAGAAUUGCUUGAACCCGGGAGACGGAGGUUGCAGUGAGCCGAGAUCGUGCCACUGCACUCCAGCCUGGGCGACAGAGCAAGACUCUGUCUCAAAAAAAAAAAAAAAAAUUCUAACAAGAGGAUCAUGAAUCUGUCUCCAAGGCUAAGAGUGCCCUUCACCUCUACUCCUUCUGUUUCUCUCCCCUUCCCCAGGAGGAGGGGCCCCUCAGUUCUGUGAGGCUCUCUUCUCUGCAGGAGACUUUGGUAGAGAAUCUGCACAGAGCCUUUGCUGGCAACCCAUCCAGCAGAACCCGCACCCACCAGAGACCCUAGAGGCCUCUUGCCAUCAGCAACCAGAAAUAAAGAAGCCUGCUCCCCCGAGACGCAGGGCUCAGCUUCACAGGCCAGACUUGCUGUGAGAUGCCCACACUGCAGAGAUGCAGGACCCUCCCUUGCAAAAGGAACCAGCUGCCAUGUUGCUGAAAGUGGGCCCACACACAACCCUCAUUUCUCACGAGAGCUAACAGAUGAAAGCUCAGCUAUGCAGUGUUAAAAUUCAUCUCUUUCUCUGUGGUUUUUAAAAAAAUGCAUUUCUAAUCUUACACUUCACGUGGCCUCCAACACAAAGUUCUUUCUCCACAUUUUUACCCUCUUCUCACAUGAAUGUUUUCCAAGGGAAGGAAGGGAGGGAAGCAGCCUUGGGAAAGGAUCCAUUUCUGGUGGUAAGGAGAGGGGGCCCUGCCAGGCUAAUGGGACUUCAGCCACCACAGAGAUGACCAAAGACCACCUCCGCCAGGCCCAGCCGGUGCUUGCAGCCCUUCCAUUGGUCAGGGGAGUCUAAAAUCAAAGACACAUGGUGGUAGGGUCACCAAACGUCCCAUUUGCCCGAGACUGAAGGAUUUCUCAGGCUGUGGACAUUUAAUGCCAAAACCAGGAAUAUCCGGGGCAAAGCAGGCUGUGGUGUUCGCCUUUGUGGAGCCAGGCAGUGUGUGGCCCAGGGAAAGCUGCGUUUCAUGGGGGCUUCCAGGAGGCUGCCCUGUAAAGCCAGGCAGGUGGCUUCAAGUGCUGGUCCUGCAAGUGCCCCUGCUUCAGCUCUCAGGCCCAUCCAAUGCCUCGAGCCCACGGGGGUGUCCCGGCAGGUCUGCGUCAUCACGACCCAGUAACGCUGCUGGCUGUGUCCACAUGCCCUCUUCCUGUGGCUGGCCAGUCAUGGGAAGUCCUGUUGGUUGAGUCAUCUUUGUCACUUCUACACCUUUGAGUGUGUACAGGCUGAAUGUUGAGUGAUGCCCCCCCACCCUCUCAAUAAAACACACACACACACACACACACACACACACACACACACACACACACACACACACACACACACACACACACAAAAUGUUAUUAGGCACAGCAGCUCCAUCCUGCUCCCUGAGAGUGGCAGUGCAGGCACAGAGAAGAGCAGCUGGGAAGACAGGCAGCUGGUCUACCCUGUCCCCGCACACUUCAUAGGCGCUCCACUGCUUGGCAGGAAUUCUGCAUGGCGUCUGCCACGCAUGCUCACAGGGUGAAAAAUCAAGCUGUCACUCUGCAAAAUCUAAAAACCCUGGAAAGGUCUAUAAGAUGACAUUAGACCCAGUUAAGAAGCAAGUGUCACCUGAGUUGGCCAUGCAAUGAAUGAAUAUUAUAAGCAGUAUUGGAGAACUAGGCAGUUGCUUACUAAGAAGUGUCUUGGAAACAUUCGAGUUCAUACAGUGCAUGACAAAGUAAUAGAAGGCUGCAAGCGCUGCAAAUGCACCCGAAUCUGGUACCUAGGAUGAGUACAUGAAUAGUGAUGAAUAGCCCUUUGUGCGGUGUGCUAUAUACAACCAUUUGCAUUCAGAAAGCAGCAUUUGAAGCUGAGUUCCAUUACUGGUGAUUGAAGUAUUUUCAGGAGCAGAUACAUGUGGCGCAUGUUAUAUGCACUUAGUUUGAAAGUAUCCCUCACCCAAAAAGUGCAGAACCUCUGAAAGGUGAGCCGUGGUGCAGGUGCCCCCCUCGCUGUUCGGGUCAGUUCUUGGCCAUGCUUGGCCUGUCACACGCCAGGUCUCAACAACAUCGUGCGAGGAGACAGUGACUGGUUUCAGCCCAAGAGUCAACUGUUGAGCAUGACAUCAGGAAGCCUGUACUGUCCUGAUCCCACCAGGCUUGGGUUAAUUUCCUAUUGCUUCAGAAAAAGAGAGGCGCUCUUGUGCUUUUGAGAGAGCUCUCAUGGUAAAAAGAGGUUGUCUUUGCACUGGGCUUGGUAUGAUUUGUUUUCUUAAAAAACAGGAAGAGAACCUAGAAUGUGCCCUUCGUGAAGGUCUGACAAAUGGGGUCGCAGAGUGCUAGGACCCGCACCAAGGUCAGAUUCCACCUAUAGAGGCUGAGCAUUUCUGCAUGCACCCAGGGUGCUGGGCUGAGGCUAAGGGUGGACACGUGAACCCCAUCACAGGCUUCCUUCCUGAGCCCAAGUCCCCCAUUUGGUCGCUGUCCCUUCUCAGAGCAAGUGGAUCCUCUUUUCCUCACUUGGAAUUUUCAAUGUUGAAGUAGUGGCCUGGAGUGGCCUUUCCCUCAGCUGCCUGUCUGGGCUCCCUGGCUUCCCGGAUCUUCAUCUCAUACGUGAGGCAAUAGGAGGAGUUUCUAUUCAUUGAGACAAACAGUGAGCGGGCACCAACAGGCCAGCCGCUUGGCCCUCUUCACAGAGGUGGCCUUGGAGUCUGGAGUCUGGGCAGCUCUCUGCCUCCCUACGGCUCUGCUUCCCAGCAGGCACACGGGUCCGGAGCCUCAGAAUGAAGUGGUGCAGAGGCGCAGGGCACACCUAGGAGAAGCUCAACGACCACCAAAGCCCUUGAGGAGAGACGGGGUUUGCUGUGUUAGAGAAAUGGCAACCCCCAGGACCAUGCACGGCUCUGGCAGUGCACAGUGGCUGAUUUUCACCAGUUCUUCCUACCCGUGCCUCUGUCAGAGACUAGAAAACAUUCUACCCCUUCAGGUCUUCUUUUGAAAGAAAAAAGCUAUGGCAAAGCGUGCCAUACAAAGUUAAAAAAAAGGAAGAGUGGCUUUGCAUUCUUGACCAUGGCCACAAUUCUGGUCACUUCUAGCAUCUGACCUUGAGAACAGGGUAGAGGCUCUGAGCCACCGCUGGCCUUUGAGAGAGUCUCACUCUCCAGCUAGCUCUUUGUGUAGUGUCCAGGGCCCCGGCAGUCAGGAUAGAGCAAGCAAAAGAAGAUGGACAGGGCGCAGUGGCUCACGCCUGUAAUCCCAGCACUUUGGGAGGCCGAGGCGGGCAGAUCACAAGGUCAAGAGAUCAAGACCAUUCUGGCCAACAUGGUGAAACCCUGUCUGUACUAAAAAUACAAAAAUUAGCUGGGCAUGGUGGCGCGUGCCUGUAAUCCCAGCUACUCGGGAGGCUGAGGCAGGAGAAUUGCUUGAACCCGGGAGGCAGAGGUUGCAGUGAGCCGAGAUCGCGCCACUGCACUCCAGGCUGGGUGACAGAGCAAGACUCUGUCUCAAAAAAGAUGGCCAUGCUGGCCAAGGCUGGGCUUAUAGGAAAUAUCUGUAGUAGGAUGAAAGGAAUCUGGCCUAGGGAGCCCCGGACUCGGUUUACCUACCCUGUACUCAUCCCACUCAUCUGUCUACCCUAGUGUCCAGCAUGCCCUGGAUGAAUCGUAGGUGGGAGGGACAGAAGCCAAGAACACCAGGCACACGGGGUGGGGGAAAUGGGGGGAGCCCAGGUAAUCCCCUUUGGAAAGUGGAUUGAUCCUCUCCCCUGUGGAAUGACAGCUUAACCUGAUUAACCCACUGGGGCUUGCUAUUUUAUGAGCAUUUUUAAACAGAAAGGAAAGAUGAUAUCCCAGUGCAGGUAGACUUUAUUUUUGAAAGCAUCGUGGCCCCUCGCCUCUCCCUCUCCCCCAGAACCUUGGCCAGAAUUGAGUCUUCGCGUUGGGGAGGCCACGCUGGAACCAUUGCUCUAGGGCUGAAGGUGGAAGUAGGGCCACUGCCGCAGCUUCAGCCAGAGCCCUCGCUGCUUCGCAGAAUUUAACAAGCGCACGACUGGGAUUCCUUUGGAUAUGAGAAAGGAAGGCAAGUGUGGGCAAAGGGAAGCUCCUCCCAUUUUUCAUAAACAGAAGUAAGAUGUCCUCUUUCCCAGGUUUGCACAAUCACUUCUGGCAAAUUAAUUGAAGGUCCUUGAAUUCAGCCAGUGCACGAAACCUUUGCAUGUUCUUCUGAAACUGUACUUCUUCCCUAUUCUGUCUACCCACACUCUGCGAACUUUGCCUUUUCCUUAAACACAUUCCAGACCAAACACUGUUCAGUUUGUUAAAAAAAAAAAAAAAAAAAAAAAGAUGUAUAUACCUGUAUGUGAUCCACCACCCUUUUGAGGGGCACCUGGUCCUCGGUUGGGGCUGCAGGUGUGCCUGACAUUUGCAAAAGAUAUUCCAGUCUUUCGAUGUUCAGAAUUGAAAAUGUGGAGAUAGAAAAGCUCAAACAGACUCCUAAAAGGAGGGUUUCUUUCCUGAAGACUCCAAGAAAAUGAGUGUGCAGAUGAGUUAGCUUGACAACCUCAACUCUGGGGAGCAGGCAGGCGGUCUGAGGAAGAUAAGGGCCCACACCCCACUCACCUGGCACCUGUUUGGUGGUCCCGGGGCAUCACGAUCUGCAGCUCUGGGCCCCCAGCCCCACUGUGAAGUCAGUCCUGCAUGCUGGCCGAGGCCCGGCCACCUCCCGAUGCCUCCAGAGUCAGUGGGAAGGAGUCAGCCCUUCCCAGACAUCCCCGCCACCUCCAGCAGGAGCAGCUCAGUUUGUGGCUCUGGGAGCUCCGCUUUUGCAAACCCAAAAAGGCUGUGCAUUUGGAAGCCAAACGCUCAGCAUGUGGCUGCCGAGUCUGGUUUUGUGGACAAAGCAAACUGUGGAAUGGCUUCUCGGUGUCUGUAUAAAGGGACAAACGGUUGCAUUCACCCUUUGUACUAUAACACCGCUUCUGCAUUCGCCAUAUCCGUUUUUUAACCUUUUUGUCUCCAGGAAACUUCUCAUUCGAUUAUUAUGUCUUCUGAUGAUUUGCCAUGUUAUUUUCAAGGUGAUUUUAUUUUCUUAUGGACAGGAAAAAAGAAAAUGAGGAGGAGUUGGUUUUACUCUUAGAGAUAAGACUUCAGCAGGGGCUCAGAAACCCCAAACUCUGGUUAAAUUGCUUCUCGGAGGAAAAUCUUAGUCUAGACAGAUUCAGAUUCCCAGGCUCUCCUGGAAGCCCUGCACUUCGGGGCACAGGGGCCCUGGGACGUGGUUGGCAGCCAGUCUGCGAGAGAGCUAAAAAGGAACAAGAACAUCAGCUCGGAUGUUUGUCUCUCAGCCCUGACGCCUGCCACUCUCCUUCCCGGGGCACUUGGCCCUAUCAGAGGGACAUGAAAUGCUGUCCAAAUGGUGGCAGAAAUGCAGCGACAUUGCAUGCAGCAGAGUCUUUGCUUCGAAAGAUGGGGCACCGUGUUUCAGAGAACAUUUAUCUUAGUCCCACGUUCAGGUGAGAAGACCUCAAAGGUACCCUCUGUCCAGAAUAAACAUUGGAACAAUCUCUUAAUUGGCUUUUGUCACUACACAUAAUGUAACCUCCCUUCUUUCAGCUCCCCCAACAGUGAGCAUGCUUCCCCAAAAAUUACAACAUCAAAACCAGGAAUGUCCCUGCAUCUACUAUUACCAGGCUUGCAAUUGGUUCAAUUUUCCCAUAAAAACAUGUUUGUCCAAAAGAAGGGAAACUGUGAAUUUAUUCCAUGCAUGUAAUAAACUCUGCAAGAAGUUUAACCCACAUAGGUUUGCGGCACUGCAAAAUUGUUCAUGGGUCUAUGUAGCAAAUGAUUCUCUGCCUUGACAAUCAUGUAUACAUAUCAAGAUUUCUAUCAUAAUGAUAAUGAGAUUGAUGACUUCUUGUUUUCCUCCAAUAAAGACAAUUAAUCACCUUCA